CACCCUGCCUGCGCCCGGUCACGGGAGCAGAAAGGGGAGGGCUCAGCACCUUUGCCCUGUUCCCAUCCGUCUCCCUGCAGAGCUGGAGCUGGGUGCCGCCAUGGUGGUCACUCUGGGAUACUGGGACAUCCGUGGGCUCGCCCAUGCCAUCCGCCUGCUGCUGGAGUACACGGAGACCCCCUACCAGGAGAGGCAGUACCGGCCCGGCCCCGCCCCUGACUUUGACCCAAGUGACUGGACCAACGAGAAGGAGAAACUGGGCCUCGACUUCCCCAACCUACCCUAUCUCAUCGAUGGCCCCACCAAGUUGACGCAGAGCAACGCCAUCCUGCGCUACAUCGCCCGCAAGCACAAGAUGUGUGGUGAGACGGAGGAGGAGAUGCUGCGCGUGGACAUGCUGGAGAACCAGCUCAUGGAUUUACGGAUGAGCUUCGCCCGGCUGUGCUACAACCCCGACUUCGAGAAGCUGAAGCCAGCGUACCUGGAGCAGCUGCCGGGAAAACUGCGGGAGCUGUCGCGGUUCCUGGGCUCCCAGCCAUGGUUUGCAGGGCAGAAGCUCACCUUCGUGGACUUCUUGGCGUAUGACGUGCUGGACCAGCACCGCAUGUUCGUCCCCGAGUGCCCUGAGCUGCAGGGCAACCUGGGCCAGUUCCUGCAGCGCUUCGAGGCUCUGGAGAAGAUCUCCGCUUACAUGCGGUCGGGGCGCUUCAUGAAGUCCCCCAUUUUCUGGCGCACGGCGCAGUGGUGCAACACCAAGGAGUGAGCGGGGUGUCCCCCCCAUGUCCCCCCCGCCCCCCCCGUGCUCCCCUCGCACCCCCCUCCCACGCCCCCAGCCCCCUCCCCUGUUGAAUAAGUUGCGGGGGUGGGGGGUGGGGGCUCCCCCCUUGUCCAGCUGCUGUGAUGAGCAUGGAAUCAUAGAAUCGUGGGAAUGUAGAGUUGUGGAAUCGUGGAAUCGUGGAAUUGUGGAAUCAUGGAGUUGUAGAAUUGUGGAAUUGUAUAAUUGUGGGAUUGUGGAAUCAUGGAAUCGUGGAAUUGUGGAAUUGUAAGUUUGUGGAAUCGUGGAAUUGUAGAAUUGUGGGAUUGUAGAAUUGUGGAAUCAUGGAAUUGUGGAAUCAUGGAAUUGUAUAACUG